UUACCUGCAUAAAACUGUGCACUUAUCGAUUUUUACACGUCACUUCCCAUUUUGAACUUCAUAUAUAAAGAAAGUCACGAAGUGUUGACAUAUCUGAAGGAAAUGGAUUCUAUAUCGAAAACAAUAUCCGAUGAUUUCCUGACAUGUACAAUAUGUUACGAGAUUUAUACGGAACCCACGACACUUCCAUGUUUGCAUUCCUUCUGCAAACUAUGCAUUGCCAACUUCAUUCAGAAGGAUGAUACAAAACGUUCAAGCCAUUGUCCAAUCUGCAGAGAUCCUUUCUCAGACGAUCAAAACAGUUUAAAAACAAACUUCUUUUUACAGAAUAUGAUCGAUCUGAUUGAAAGUUCUUCAAAACUGUUUUGCUCAUUUUGCAAAAUAACAGAAAAAGAGCACAUUGCGGUUUCACAGUGCAUCAGUUGUUUAGAUUAUUUAUGUGAGGACUGCACUAAAACACACGCACUUACCCGCCAAACAGUGGACCACAAAGUUGUACCAAUAAGUGAAAUCAGGGAAGGAAAAUACGUUCAAGAAAUUCAAUCAGUUCAGAAGAUUCGAUGCUCACAGCACCCCGACGAAACUCUGCGAUAUUUCUGCAUCCAGUGCAAUUUGUUAGUUUGUCGUGAUUGUAUCAUCUUUGAACACAAAAGCCAUGAUUUUAAACCGAUUUCUGAUGCUAGAAAGGAGAAAGAAAACAACAUUUCAGAAGUAAUGGGACCUUUGAAAGAGAAACUAGAAGCCAUAAAGCAGAAUAAUGCAGUUGUUGGUUUGCGAAUGGAGGAACUGGUUGACAGGGAGACCAUUAUUCAAAAUCAAAUUAAGCAGACUUGUACAAAGGCCAUAAACAGCAUCCGUAAAAAUCAAAAGAAAAUGGAGGACGAACUUAGGGAUCGAAUUAAACCUGGAAAAGAUAAUUUGCUGCAUAUCUGGGAUAGAUCUUCCAAAAUGUGCACAAGCAUCGAAGAAUCUCUCAACUUUUCAGAGAAAGUAUUGAAAAGAGGAAAUGAUAUUGAGGUUUUGCCUUUGUUGGAUGAAAUUUUCAAUAGACUUACAAAAUUAGAACGUGAAUCUAAGAGAGAAGAGAGUAAUUGUCCAGCAGUCGAUGUCCCUGAUUUUCAGAUCACAUGGGAUGAACCUCGAUUUACAUUUCUAGGUGGCAGUGGAUAUGCAUCGUGUAAUUGGGAAACUGGUAGCAAUGAAAGAGAAAAAUUAACAACUGCAGAGAAAACCAACAUGUCAGGAACAUUGUCAGAGAGUGUUCCAAACUUAAGUUCCCUAUCCAGUGAUGUUUCAUAUAAAAUAAAGCUUCUGGAAAACUUGGAUCUCAAAGAAGAUGAGGAUGAAUUCAAACCCGUGUAUUCAAGUGUGGCUUGGAUAAACGAAGAAAACAUAGCUGUCGUGGACAAACAAAACGAAAAGAUCAAACUGUUAAAUCUCAGUGAGAGAACUAUAAAAUCUGUAAACAUGGCGAGGGCUCUGGCGGUAUCCGUGUAUAAACAUGGCGUAGCCUGUAGGGCUGUGGAUCUGCAUGUAAAAGUGUUCCAUAAAACACUUAAAGAGUUCAAGAAGAAACAGGGCGUGUUUACAUUAGCUACGUCCAGCCCACAGAACCCCGCCCUGAUCUGGAUGACAAAGCACUCCAUAUUUACUGAUAAAGAUGGCAAUGUGUCCAAGGUGUCUUUUCGGGACGAAGAGGGGAAUCCUACAGCACUCGGAAAUCCUAGAUAUGCCUGCUGCCUUCCGAAUGAACUGUAUGUUGUGUCAGACGGAGGCAAUAAUUGUGUAUAUUUUAUUGAAAGCAAUGGGGAAAUCAUAAGAACAAUAGACCAUCAUCCAGGAUCUAUUGCAUAUGACAAAAAUCACAACGUUUUCAUCACUAAUUUCUUUAAUAGAAGUAUUUCAAUUUUUGAUCCGAGCGGUUCCUACUUAAGCGAAAUAAGUAUUGGCAAAUGGAAAAAAUCACCUAGAUGUAUUUCAAUAUUAGAAAACAGAAUGUUGAUUGCAAACGAAUGCCAAAUCCUGUUGUUUGAAUUGAAAAGCAGAUAAACUCUUUAUUUAGGCCUGCCAUAUUCUUAUUGUAACAAUAACAUUCUCCUCCUUUGCAAUAAGGGUCUACCAAUGCAACCUCCUACUUAUUUUAGAUACAAAGAAUGUUUUUCAUUCAUAUUAUUAGUUUAAAAUGGAUUUAAUAUGCAAAUAUUUUAUGUACAUGUAUGUGUUGUUUGCACGGGCGCAUUAACAAAUAGACUCUUCCGCAAAUAAAUACCCUUUUCAUAAGGUUAAUAUUAUCUCAUGAGUUUUCUUUACAAGGACUUGAAACUAUGUGUUUACCUCAAAUUCUUCUGUAAAUAAGUAGUAAAAGGCAUCUAGAUAUAUGUGUAAUAUGUAUUAUCAGAUGAUUG